GGACUCUCUAUACUUCACACGAAGAGAGGAAAAAGAUAUUUACACCAAAUCAUAACAGAAAUUAGACUUCUGGAGCUGUGGAUUUAGUGUUUUAAAUGUCUUCGAUUCCCUUUACAGAGGAGGACCUCCACGAACUAUAUCUAUGGGUAGACAGUAUUCCCAUCUCCCGACCAAAACGCAACAUCGCUCGCGACUUCGCCGAUGGCUGCUGCGUAGCUGAGAUCGUCAAAUAUUUUUUCCCAAAACUUGUGGAACUGCACAACUACGCGCCAGCGAUGUCUGUAGCGAAGAAACGAGAUAAUUGGCACACUCUCAACACUCACGUAUUUCGAAGGCUUUACUUUGAAGUUCCGGAUGAGGAAAUCGAUGAUAUUGUAGCAGCCGUUCCAGGCGCCAUAGAGCGUUUUUUACGUGCCCUUCGCAUCAAGAUUACACAAAUCAAGGCUCAAAGAGAUGAACUUCAGGCGCACCAUCCACCACCUCAGCCGACGCGGAGCGAGGGCUAUGGUAGGGUCGGAACCCCGGUAACUGUGGAUGGCUCACGUCCGCGGACGGCAAGGAUGUCUAAAGCAAACUUCAGUAGUAGGCCAAUGGUAACAUCCACAGGCACUAGAAUGGGUGAUUAUGAUACCAUGAGAGGAAAGGAUGGCCUAGCGAACGGCGCUGAUCAUAGCGCUGCAGCCGGCGAUAAUUUGCGACGCUUGUUGGAUGAAAAAGAUCGAACCAUUUUAGAGUUGCGGGAAACAGUUGGUAUUCUUAGCGAGAAGAUUAUGAAGCUUGAGGAGCUGUUACGGGUCAAGGAUGACAAACUGACCCAAUUCCGCUCAAAAUAUGGUCGUGUGUGACAGUCUCAGAUAAAUAAGUGUUGUGUGAUCGCUUUUAGAAACAAAAAUGCAUUGCUACUACUUCCGCUAAAAUCUCAAAAUUCUAUUAAAAGAAUGGCUGAUGACCUGUGUUGCUUAUCAUACUUGAUGACUGAAAGUAAAUUUAUAGAGAUGGAGGCGAAGAGGUGGUAAACGAGUAUGUCACAUUAAGAGCUGAAAUGAACACCAGUGCAUAUAUACAUUCGCUUGCAUUUAUUCUAAUUUUUGUAUUUCAACAUUAUCUCUGUAAAACUAUUUUGCACUUUGUGCAUUAAAGAAGGGUGUAUUUUAAUAGCUCAUUUUUUUUCUGAUAUAGAUCUACGUCUGUGAAAUUUUUAACCAUACUGUGUUGCAGGCAUCAGCGGUUCACAUACACGUUGUUUACGCUUAGAUACUCUUUUCUUUAUUUGCUUCCAACGUUGUUCCAAAAAAAAAAAGAGCGGUAGAACGUGAAAGAUUAAAGAAGGUCAUAAG